AUGUCGCCAGCAACGACAAUGGCCGAUAUCAAAACCAUUGGGCCCUUCGUUGUGGGCGUUGUUGUUCUCCUUGGACUUGCUCGCCUUAUUGAGAAGGUUCUUGGAAUACAGAAACAUAGCUCCGAGCCUCCCUUCAUUCCUUCAAAGGUUCCAUACUUUGGUCAUCUCUACUUUAUUAUUCGACGUGGGGUGUCCUACUAUGCGGAGCUGACCGCCCAGUACCGAAAGAAGAUAUACAGUCUUGCAAUGCCCGGGGGCCGCCUUUACGUUGUCAAUUCACCCGAAGUAAUCGGAGCGAUACAGAAAUUGCCAAGAGUACUGUCGUUCUGGUUCAUCGAGGCAUCGCUUACUAGAAACCUCGGUGGCAUCAGCGACAAGGCAAAUGAUAUCCUCCUUGACAAUGCUCGAGGCGACAAGGGCUCGAACAGUCUAGUCAUCGAUGGCAUGAAGGCGACGCAUCAGGCCAUGGCCGGCGAGCAUCUCGAAACCUUGACCGCCCAGGCAAUACAGCGAGCGGAGAAAGAACUCCGUCUUCUCGAAACAAGCGGAACGGAAAACGUGGUCGACUUGUGGGAAUGGACACAGCAUGUCUUCUCAAUGGCAGUGUCCAGGGCAGUUUAUGGGCCAAACAAUCCUUACGAAGACCUUAUGGUCGAGAGAGGUCUUGUUGAGUUUUCUGAUCACACUGUUACUUUCUUGACAGGACUUCCUCCCUGGAUUUUCGUGCGAAAAGCAUACAAAGCUCGCGAGAGAAUUGUCUCAGCCUUUCACCAAUUCUUUGCCCAAAAGAGUGACGAGAAGGCCUCCAAGCUCGUCCAAGUAAGGGCUAAGGUCUUGAGAGAUUACGGCAUUCCCGAAGCCGAUGUUGCACGCUUUGAGUCCGUUAAUGGCUUUGGAAUUCUACUCAACCUCCUCCCAACGGCGUUCUGGACUCUUUUCCAUGUCCUGGCCGAUGCACAGCUCCUAGAAGUCGUGAGAGAAGAAGCUAAAGCGGCCCUAGGAUCCCAGAAGGGUGACGCUAUUCUGGGCGAAGCAGUGGAUCUGACUGCAGCUGACCGGCUACCAACCUUAUCCUCCAUUUUGAUGGAGAGUCUAAGAUAUCACACUGCAGGCGCCGCGGUCCGCAUGGUCAUGGAGGACCACAUGCUCGAUGGGAAAUUCCUACUGAAAAGUGACAACUAUGUUUUGAUCCCGAACCACGGCGCACACUUUGACACUGAGGCGUGGGGUGCCAACGUUACCGAGUUUGAUGCCUACCGCUUCGACAAGCGUCAUGGGGCCAAGGUGCACCCAACCGCUUUCCGCGGUUUCGGGGGUGGAGUAAAUCUCUGCCCCGGCCGUACAUUUGCUUCCAGGAUCAUUGUCUUGAUUGUAGCAUCGCUUGUGCAAAGGUUUGAUGUUGAGCCAAUUACAAAGAGCGGAGGGUGGGAGGAUCCUGGUCGGGACGAGACCAGCAUGGCGAUUGUGCUGGCACGUCCAAGAGAGAAGGUGAUGGUCAUGUGUACUCUUAUGUGGUAUUAG